CCCGAGAACGGGCCCCCCAACACUCAGCUCCUUGACCCAGGAGCAACACCCUCACCCGGUUCCACUCUCGCUGCCCGGUGCCAGGAGAGGCGAUGGCCGGAGGAUGGAGUGUCCUGCUGGCGCUGCUGGCUGUGCUGACCCUGCAGGGCGCGGGGGCUGUCAAAGUGGGGCACGUGAUGAUCCAGACCGACAUGUACCAGCGGGAUGAGAGGCUGCAGCAGGAGGGCGGCGAGUUCAUGCACGAUUUUGAUGGGGACGAAAUCUUCCACACGUUACACGUGGACCUGCAGAAGCAGGAGAAUGUCUGGCGUCUGCCUGAGUUCAGGAACUUCUUCACCUUUGAGGUGCAGGGAGCGCUGCAGAACAUGGCUGUAAUGAAACACAACCUGGAGAUCGAUAUGGAAAGGUCCAACCGCUCACUGGGCACCAUCGUGCCACCCGAGGUGACGGUGUUCCCCAAACGCCGAGUGGAGCUGGGGGACCCCAACGUCCUGAUCUGCUACGUGGACAAGUUCUGGCCCUCCGUGAUCUCCAUCUCGUGGCUGAAGAACGGGCAGGAGGUGACGGAUGGCGUCCUCGAGACCAUUUUCUACCGAGGGCCAGAAUUCACCUUCCGCAAGUUCUCCUACCUGCCCUUCAUCCCCACCCGCGGGGACUACUACGACUGCCGCGUGGAGCACCAGGGGCUGUCCACCCCCCUCCUGAAGCACUGGGAGCCCCAGCUGCCCCUCCCCGCCUCCGAGAGCACCGAGACCCUGGUCUGCGCCCUGGGCCUGGCCGUGGGCAUCGUGGGCAUCAUCGUGGGCACCAUCCUCAUCAUCAAGGCCAUGAAGAUGAACAGCACUCGCAACCAGCGGGACACCUUGUGAGGGGGCAGAGCCCGGGUGGGCCCUGCCUCCCCAAAGCCAGACCCUCUGCACCCUCAGCCAGCCCUCGCCUCACCCUGGUGGGAUCUGAUCACCCCAGUGCCCCAUAUCCCUGCCCCACCUCCUCAGCACUCCCUUCUCCCAUGUGCAUCAAACUCCAACGUGCUGGAGACAGCUCCAGAGCCAGACCUGGUGGGGGUCUGUCUCCACAGGGGGGCAAUUCCUGCACAGACCUGGGGCCUGCACUGGUCCCAGCACCCACCUCACACCACGCCAUGCUGGGGCUGCCCUUGGCCCCACAGCCAUCUCCUACCAGGGACAUGGCACCUCCUCCCAGCCCAGAUGUGGGGUCUGCCCCGCAGACCCCUGAAGGGAGGGGAGGAGGGGUGCCCUGCCCCACAGUUCCCCCUCAGCACACAGUCCUGCACCCUUUGCUCCUGCUCUGCUGCUUUCUCACCACAAUAAAAUGGGCUGGGGUUGAUCCUGCCGUGCGA